CUGUGGAGAGUCUAUGCCAAUGCCGCGGUUGCGUUUAGAUACUUUGAAUACACCGCAUCAACUUUAGGCGUCCGUGGCUACGCCUGACUGCUACCAGGCUAACGCGUUAGCUAAAGGUACAACACAUAACAAAGUCCUUCGUCGUCCCAAAACAUAACGUUACAUUCAGUUACACAGUCGAUUCCAAUACGCCUCGUUUUAAGUUUGAUAUAUAUAACGAUUCAUCGAUUACCACGAAAGCGUACAUUUUGAAAACGGCUUACCUUGAAAGUUGACUACACAGCAUUUUAGCCUGCCGCCUAGCUUGCCGGUUGCCCUUAGUCAAUAUGGCAUCCGGUCCUUUCAUGUGCGUCACUGUUGCCCUCACUGAGCAGCCACGACGAAAAGCCUGUUCCACAACAUUUUUGUCCAAGUAGUGUCAACUAAAGGGCAGUUUCUCCGCAGCAUACGAAUGAACCCCGAGGGAACCGCUGGACUCUGGAGUUCUGACGCCUUGGAAAGCUGACUGCCCGACCCCAUCUCGGCACUGCAAUGGCGGCUUCCGCAUGGUCUGAGGAGGAGACGUUUGUGUGUUCCGUAUGCCUGGAGACCCUGAAGGACCCGGCAACUCUACCCUGUGGACACUCUUACUGUUUGACUUGUAUCCAAAGUCACUGGGACCGAGGCAACAGCAAGGGUCAGUACAGCUGCCCCCAAUGCCGGCAGCUCUUCAAUCCUCGACCUUCACUGGCCAAGAGCAUGCUUCUUGUGGAAGCCAUGGAAAAGCUGAGGACCAACAGCCUCAAACAAAGCGGCUCCAGAGCUGUGUCUUCUGCACCGCCGUCAGAACCUGUCUACUUGGAAGUUCUUCCAGAUAUGGGACCACAAGAUGGCGGCAUGUACCCUCAGCUUCCGGCUGUGACUCCCAGGCCUUGUCCUCAGCACAACCGGCCUCUGGAUCUGUUUUGCCAUGACGACAGGGAGUGUGUGUGUGAGGUGUGUUGUCAGCGUGGCCAUGAAGGACACCACGUGCUCACACCUGAAGAAGAGAGAAAGGAGAGACAGAAAGAGCUAAUACAGGUACAGGCAGAGGUGGAGAAACGAGUCCACGAGACGGAGAAGUCACUAAAGGAUUUCCCAAAUGUUGCUCGUCAACAUAAGGCUUUGGUCCAGGCUCUGCAGCAAGAGAGGCUUGAUUUGUUUUCUGAGGCAUCCAGCCUCAUCGCUCUCACUGGCACUCAAAUUGGUGAGCUUCUUAACACCCAUGAAAGGUCUUUAGGCAGCCAAAUUGAAGGCCAGAUCCACCGACUGGAGCAGGAGGCGGUCCAACUCCGCUGGAAGGGAGAGGAGCUGAGUAGGCUGGCAGAUAUGCAGGAUCACAUCUGCUUCCUAAAGAAUUUCUUCACCAUGGAGCAGGCGGCUCCAACAAGUGCCAUCACAGGAGGGUCAAUACUGAGCAAGGAGGAAGCGGUGGCAACAUCUCUACGGUCAGCCUUAAAAGAACUACAAGAGUCAGUAAAGGAGAUUUGCAAAUCUGCAAUGGCCAAAUUUGGCUCGUUAGUGAACGAGGACUCCUCCAUAGCAUCGAACAUUACUCCAGUAGAUAUCCAUGGACAGGCUAAUGUGCAAAACACAGUUUAUGAGAUGCUAAAUCCUGAACCCCCGCCACGACCCCAAGUGCCUGAUUCUUCAACCAAACUUUCACAUCUACCUCCACGACCUUCUGUGCCACCACCACCAUUUCCUCCUCCACCUGCUCCUCCUCGAGCAUCUUCUCUAACGACAGUGGGACUUGUAAGUGCAGAACCAAAGAUAAGAGAAGAAUUAAUUAAAUUUCGCUUUGAGCCCACCAUGGACGCCAACACGGUGUAUCGGCACAUACAGCUGUCCGAUGGGGGUCAUAAGGCCACAUUGCGGGCAGAGAACCUGAACCCAGCAGACCACCCUGAACGUUUCCAGUACUGGAGGCAGCUUCUCUGCAGAGAACCGCUGGCAGGCAGCUCAUACUACUGGGAGGUGGAGUGGACUGGCCAAAAGAUCACCAUUGGAGUGGCCUUACAGGAGAUGGAUCGGAAAUGUUCCGAUGACAAAAGCCGUUUGGGCCACAAUCCCCUUUCUUGGGCAUUGUACUGGUCUGGGACAGGUUUCUCCUUCUGGCAUAACGGUCAAGAAAAACUUCUGGGCUCGCCCAAAUGCAGACGGAUCGGCACCUACUUGGACCAGCAUGCAGGGAUUCUGGCCUUUUACCGCGUCACCAACAACCAGGCCGACCUCAUCCACAGACAUGUGACCCAGUUCACCGGUCCAUUGUACCCGGGAUUCCGGUUCUGGGGAGGAGUUGGAGCUACAGUCACAAUCUGCCAGUUGGAGUGAAAGCAUAGAUUCAGUGAACAAGUUCCUUUUUGGUUCUUUCACUAGUAUGAAUGUAAUCUUACAUCUUCAAUUUAAUAAAAUAUACAAUAAGCAGAAAAAAAAUCAAUACCUGCUAGUAUGACUGCACUCAAUUGAUGAACAUGGAUUUUGAAAAGGGAUGUUUGAAAAAACAAACCAAAAAAAAAACCAGAAGAUUCCGUCUGGCACCAAGUUGUCUACCUCUGUAUAAAAUA